UACCCCUUGGACAGAGGGAGUUGGGAGAGUCACUUACCCCAAGGUCACGCUGGGAGUCAGAAAUUGAACUCAGGAUCCUGCUCCAGCCACUGGACCACGCUGUCUCUCCGAUAGCAGCCAGAACAACGUACUGGGGCGUUAACGAAUGGCUGCAGCUGUGUGCACCCCACAGCCUCCGUGUUUGGCUGCACUGGAGGGUUGUGCAGACCCCUCGUGUGGAGGAGAAUGCCUGGCUCUGUGCUCCGUGGGGCUGCACUGGUGCCAGUCACCCCCUGUGCAGAGGAGCCCUUGGCAUUCCUGCUUUGAAGACAUCCUGGUCAGGCGAGUCCCGCUCCUGCCAUGGCCGGGAGAGUGGUGGCUUGGGCUGGGACCCUCCGUGGCUCCCGCUGCAACCUUGGGUUCUGCAGAGAGAACAGGGCGAUGGGAAUUCCUGCUCAAAGCAGCCCCCGUCUUCGCGGACAUUCAGCGCAGCGAGCAGUGAGCAAGGAUCCAUCCCUGCAAAUGGGCCACAGUCCUUCCCUGAGGACAGAGACGCUGCGGAUCCAGCUGACAGCAGGAGAUUCAAUCUGCCUGGAGCAUCCCUGAUCACAGUGUGUCAGAACAUGGCAGCCAUCCAGAGAGCCUGCUGGACCGCGGAGGCCCCUUGUAGCUGAUCUGGAAGCGCUGCAGGUCACUGUGUCAGCCUGCAGGGAAGAUGAAUGGCUGCGUUUCACACACACUCUGCCUGUCCCUCAUCCUGGUGUUCCUGUUGAGCAAUGUCCUUGCUUGGAGUAGUCAGGAUCUCCAUUGUGGAGCUUGUCGGGCCCUGGUGGACGAGCUGGAGUGGGAGAUCUCCCAGGUGGACCCCAAGAAAACCAUCCAGAUGGGGUCGUUCCGUAUCAACCCGGACGGCAGCCAGUCAGUCGUAGAGGUGCCCUACGCCAGAUCAGAAGCUCACCUGACGGAGCUGCUGGAGCAGGUCUGUGAGAAGAUGAAGGAGUAUGGGGAGAAGGUGGAUCCCUCCACCCACCGGAAAAGCUAAGGCCGCGUGAUCUCCCACGACGGGACCAAGAUGGACCUUUCUGGGACCAAAAUAGACGGGGACGUGACAUCCCGCCUGAAGUUUGCGUGCGAGAGUAUCGCUGAGGAGUAUGAAGAUGAGCUCAUUGAAUUCUUCUCCCAUGAGACCGACAAUAUCAAGGAUCGGCUUUGCAGCAAGCGGACUGAUCUGUGCGACCAUGCCCUGAACAUCCCCCAUGAUGAGCUGUGAAGCGCGAAGGCCUGGAUCAAACUGGACAUCCCCUGUAGCGGACUCCUCCCCUACCCGCCGGCAUUGCCCUGAGAACCUCACUGUGUGUCACUUGGAAACCCCAGUCUUCGCUUGGGGCGGAAAGCAGGACAGAAGCUUCCUUUGGAGGGAAAGAUGUUGUCCUUCUCCUGCUCCCUUGAGAUUGCUUGACUUUCAAUCUGCCUUUAGGCUGUUUGAUGUUUCCUCCCGCAUCCCUUCCCUAAGGAGAUGGACAGAUGUUCCUGUAGGGUCCAGAGUCUCCAUUACUCUGGUGCUUUUUGUCUUAUUUAUUUUGGUUGAGCUUCCACCGUAACUGUCAUGGGGUGGGAGUGUCAGCUCUUGGGAAGAGGAAAGGGGGCCAGGAACCAGGACUCUUGGGUUCUGUUCCAGCUCUGAGAGGAGAUGCCCAUGCCUGGCUUUGCCCCUCAGAGAGCAUCAGGACUCUGAGUUCUAGACAGGCUGCUGGAGUGAGACCUCCCAGGUUUUAUUCUGAGCAGCAAUGUACUCUAGUGGCUACAGUGCUGGAGCAGGAGUCAGGACUCGGGUUCUCUUCUGGCUCUGACACUGUCUCACUGUGACCCUGGGCAACUCACUUCUCUGUGGCUUUUCUGACUGCACAGAGACUUCUCCACCGUCAUCCGUCCAAAGGGGACGCUUCCAGCUGGCAGCAGCAGGAGCAGCGGUUAUUGAGCUCAAAUGACAGCCGGCGAAGACAUGGCUGAGUCGCCGCUCUGCUAGCAACGUCUGCAUGCGCAGGGUGGAGGGAUCCAGUUUUCCAGGGGGAGUCAUGCGACUUUGAAGGGCUUGUUUUUAAUUGCCUCAGGUCUGUUUCCUGAGGACCUCUUUCUAGGCUGCAGAUGGCUGUGAUCUCUGACGGAGGGCAGCAGAAUAAACCUGGCCACACUGCAGCUGGAACUGCU